AUGGAAGUUGAUUUAGUAAUUCCAUCGAACCAGGUUCGCAUUUAUAUGUGGGAAUUCGCACAGGAUGACAGCAACCUCACCAUUACAAUUGACUUGCAUGAAGAAGAUCCUCAAACAUUCACUGCAAAUUAUUCAAAAGACGAUAACACUCUUAAAUGCACAUUAAAGGGAGCUAAAUACCCAAUUGUCAAUGGUAUCUUGCACAAGGCAACAGAUUCCAUGGACAAGACGAUCGAUGGCAAUACAGUUGUUCUUAAAUUACACAAAGUUGAAAAUGGCAACUGGUCAUACCCAAUUGAGUCACCAGUUGCUGGCGAAUCCGAUAUCGACUUCAACUCAGCAUUCCUCAAAUCCAUCCAGAAUCCAGAAAAGCCAGAAAACCAAGAAAAAAUAAAUAAUCUCGUCAAAGCAGGCUUCAUUCCAGCUAUUAUGUACAACGCAAAGAAAUUAAUUGAUGCCGAAGACAUUGAUAAGGCUGCAGACCUUCUCGAUAACAUUGUUUUCGUAGAACCUUAUUUACCAGCUGUUCUCUUACUCGGUGAAGCCUAUAUGACAAAGAGUCCAGGUAUGGCUGUCCACUGCCUUCAAACAGGCUACAGAUUAGGCAGCAAGAGAGCCGCAAAAUUGUUGGGAGAUCUUUAUUCUCCAGUUUCCGAAUACAAGUCAAACAAAGACGCUGACAUGUCCUUGACCUACUACAGAUACGGAAUCGAAGAUAAGGAUCCUCAAUCAAUGGUUGCUGCCGCUCAACUUAUUGAAUCCGGAUUAGGUCCAAAGACAAACAUUUUAGAACCAGACGAGUUAUACGAAGAAGCCAAAGCUAUCGAUCCUACAAUUGUCAUUCCAAAGAGACACAAGGAAGAGCCAAAACCAGUAGAACAACCAAAACCAGUCGAACAGCCAAAACCAGUAGAACAACCAAAACCAGUAGAACAACCAAAACCAGUAGAACAACCAAAACCAGUCGAACAGCCAAAACCAGUAGAACAACCAACACCAGAACCAGCUCCAGAACCAGAGCCAAAACCAGAGCCACCUGUCGCUCCAGAACCAGAACCAGUCCAUGAAGAACCAGAACCAGAACCUCCAGUUGUUAAAGAAUUAAUUCGUAAUUACCCUUAUCCAGAUGAUGAAUAUCCGACAAUUAAUACAAAAGCAAUGAUUCUCACUGGUAUUGCUGGAGCUGCUGUUUUGGUCGGAGCAAUAAUCAUCAUCGCAAAGAAACUCAUGAAGAAAUAA